AGCAGUAACGUAGCGGCAAUUGGAUUUGAUCAUUUCGUUUUGGUUUUCCAAUGGCCGGUGACAUUUUGUGAAAACAAACGGUGUGUAAAGCCGCUUCCCGACUUCUGGACCAUCCAUGGAUUUUGGCCAUCGAAUUUUAAUGGGAAACAAGUAGCUUACUGUUCAAACAUUCCAUUUGUUAAAAAUUUUAUUCCACAGAAAACUCUAGAAUCCAUGGAUAAGAUAUGGCCGAAUCUGUUGGACGCAAAAAGCAACGAAGAUUUUUGGUCACAGCAGUGGCGAAAACACGGCACGUGUGCUAAUGUAACAGGAACAAGGAACGUGUCAGAAUACUUCACAAAAACUAUCGAUCUGGCCAAGGUGUACAAUAUUUCUAAAAUUCUAACAGACUAUAACGUAACGAAAGGGAAUUCUUUUCAAAUAAAGGUAAUAGAAGACGGGGUAAAAAAUAAAACAAACUACAAACCUUUCAUACAAGUUACAAGAGGACAGAAGCCUUGCUGGUUAUCUGAAAUCCGAUUAUGCUUCAAUACAACCUUCAGCCAAAUUGAUUGUGGAAAGAAAAACUUACCAUGCAUGGGCGGUGUUUUAUACCCAAGACUAUUAAUUCAGAAGUCCAAAGAGACGAGUGCACAGUACCGGUCAUCACAGGGUAGGGCGUCAUCUCUGUUCGCUUUAGUUUGCUUCCUCCCCAUCUUAACUGGAAUCACUGGACAACUGUGAUGUAUGUCUAUCUGUCUGUGUGUAUUGUACUGUCAACAAAUGCCAAUAAAGCUUUUGUUAAAAAUAUAA